CCGGCGCCUGCCCGUCUCUGCUCGGCGUCGCUCGUACCCGAGACGGCCAGACCUCCGGAGGCUCAGAGCGUCCGAGAGUGGGCCGGGGAGGGCCUGAGGGGGUCCCUGCGCGGCGCCCGACCGCGCCCGUGCACGCGCACGCAGACACGGACGCGCGGGCCUGCGUUCCCUCAGCGCUUGUGACAAGCUGCUGUUUCAAGCGGUUCACUUUGUCCCACGCUGCUUUAGCCGCUCCGUGUAUAGAGCUCGCCUAGUCCUCGCGAAGACUCUAGAAGAAGGAAGUGUCCUGUCUAUAUUUCAGACGAGGAAACCGCCUCACGGAAGUGAAGCCAAUGCCCAAGGUCUCAGCGAGACAGCGGUCGGGUCACGAUGGAACCCGGGCAGUCUGGUUCUCCCUGACAAAAAGCCCAGCGCCCCCUGAGCUGAACGCUAGUGAUGCCGAGAGUUAGCGUUAUGUACCUGGGAUUGCCUUUGUUAUUCUCUACGUGCGAGGUUCUCCUGUGCUGCUCACUUGCCGAUACACAGGAAAAUCGGGAAUCUCGAUAACCAUUGAAACCUACCACCUUUUCCUGGUUUACCGUAAAUGGAAUUAAUAAGCAGGAGUUCAUUUUUUUCCAUGAUGCGUAAUUCUCAUACCAGAAUGCCUCCUACUCAGGCAGAAAGUGUUAUAAAGAAUAUCAUUCGAGAAAUAGGACAAGAAUGUGCCGCCCAUGGAGAGAUUGUUUCUGAAACUCUGGUUGCUUUUAUGGUGAAAGCUGUCGUCCUGGAUCCAAGCAAUGGCUUCAACAUGGAUAGAACCCUCAUCAAAAGUGAUGUGCAGAAACUUGUUAAGCAUUGUGUGACUCGGCUCUUGGAUAAUAAAAAUCCAUCCCUGGACACCAUUAAGAUGCAAGUCUACUUUGAUAUGAAUUAUACAAGUCGAGAGGAAUUUCUUGAAGAGCAUCACCGAGUUCUGGAGUCUAGAUUAGGCUCUGUUAUGAGAGAAAUUACAGACAACAGAGCAUGUGCUAGAGAAGAAUUGGAAAGCCUCUACCGAAAGAUCGUCAGCUAUGUGUUACUGCGCUCUGGGCUCGGAUCCCCCACAGAUAUCAAGAUUGUCAGAGAGGCAACAGCUGCCCUACAGAGUGUGUUUCCUCAGGCUGAGCUUGGGACAUUUCUAACUCUGUCUAAGAAGGACAAAGAACGCCAGCUGAAAGAACUCACCAUGAUUGUUACUGGAAUUCGUUUAUUUAACCGAGACUGUGGAAAGGGAGGAGAAGGCAUUGAUGACCUGCCAGCUAUUCUCCAUGAAGCGAUCCCAGCCACCACUCAGCAUAUUGACUCCCAACUUCAGAUUGCCCAGGAGCAGGCAUACCGCUACACAGCCAUCCUUGAGAAAGUCAGACAGAACCCGCUCAUGAGUGUGCAACUUCAGCCGUAUAUGUUAAAAGAGGCACUGUAUAAUGUGCGACAAUAUGAGAUCUUCCUUCAGAUCAUCUUGUCAGAUAUAAUUACUUGUGCUCAAGAAGUGGAAAUGAUGAUAAAGAAGUUAGGAGCCCAGCUGGAACAAUUAAAAAUGAUUGUAAAAUCAAAGACAGCUGUCCCGACAUCACAAGUCUUUCCCAUCUUCAUUGCACUUUCCAAUCUGUGGACCAGCUUUCAGGAUGAAACGGUUUUGAUUAGUGUCCUCAGUAAUUUAACUAGUCACCUGGAGGCAUUUCUGGGUGCUCAUGAACUACUUUUUCCUGAGAAAGUACUGCGAGGUCUUCUUGAUGGAGUGACUGUGAAAACUGAUGUGUUUAGAAUGAGAGAACAGAUGGAAGAUAGAGUAAAUGCAGAGGAUUUCAGAAAACUGGAAUGGCUUUUCCCAGAAACAACAGCAAAUUUUGAUAAAUUGUUACUUCAGUAUCGGGGAUUUUGUGCUUACACAUUUGCUACAACAGAUGGUCUUCUCCUUCCAGGAAAUUCAGCAAUUGGAAUUUUGAAAUAUAAAGACAAGUAUUACACUUUCAAUUCCAGAGAUGCUGCAUAUUCCUUUGCAGAAAAUCCUGAAAAUUACAUUAAUUUAAUUACAGAAAAAGCCAAAAAAAAUGCAGAGUUAAUUCAGCUACUGGAACUUCAUCAACAGUUUGAAACCCUCAUUCCAUAUUCUCAGGUGAAAGAUGUUGACAAACAUAUAAAACCAAUUACAAAGUGUGAAAGUGGCACACAGACGGAUACACACAUAUUGCCACCAACAAUUGUGAGAUCAUAUGAGUGGAAUGAAUGGGAAUUAAGAAGAAAAGCUAUAAAAUUGGCCAAUUUGCGUCAGAAAGUUACUCACUCAGUACAAACUGACCUUAGUCACAUGAGAAGAGAAAAUGGUUCGCAGGUGUACUCAUCGAAGGAUGCCAGCACGCAGUCCAUGAAGGAGGGCAGCACCAGGGUGCCCAGGCCCCAGGUUUACAUAGCUGGUCUCAGAGGGGGCCGGGCUAAAACCACCUGUGGAGUCAAGGUGAACUUAACUAGAGCUAUUGAUGAAACCUAAUUUGAGGCUAAUAUUUUUUAACCUAAUAUUUUUUAAAGUAGAUACCACCACAUUAUGAACAAUGGCAAAUAGUUAAAAGUAUCUUUGCAUCCAUGAAAAUGUUAACUUUGUGGUGCUGGCACAUUCAUUGGUUGUGUGUUUCUUGGAUUCUCACUGAUAUUCACUGUCAAACUGCUACAAAAAACUAAAAAUUGUUUUCUGUAACACAUUUUCCAUUCUAUUAAAAUUGAAAAAUAAAACUCUG